UGCCAUAGCACAGGGUAAAAUAAAAGAGACAGAACAAAUAUUUAUCAUUUGUUGAGUUCUCACAAUAAAGCAAACUACCAUUUAUUGAAAAUGCAUAACAUUGAUACAAUACUGUAUUUCAUAAUCAAGACAGGUGAGUCCAUUUAGGUAUCUCAGUCACAAUUUUCAACCAGUCUUUUCUCUGGCCUCAACUUUACUUUCCACAACUGUUAGGUCUUUGAUAACUAUAGUAUGAUCUCAAAAAAUAUUUGCAUUUAUUCAAUCCAGUUACAAAUAGUUAAGAUGGCAUCAUGGCCUUUCAGGAGAUUGGAAACAAAUAACAAUACCCCCCAUGCCAAUUAUAUAAUGCAAUAAUGAAUAUUAAGGAUUUAGUGUUUUUUUUAAAGGAGAAAGUCUUGCUAUAAAUAAUAAGUCUUGAAAUAAAAGGGUUGGGGAGUAAGAAAUCCAAAGAGCGACAGACUACCGAGAAAACAUCUAGCUUCUCAAAAAUAAAAAUUUUACCAUAUAUACUAUCGGUAUACAGUAUAUUUUGAAUUUGAAAUGCCCCCCAAAAUCUCCUUCACAUCUGAAGCAGGCAGUGCCCAUAACUCAGAAGUGCUUUGAGCACAAAACAGUAUUUUUCAACACAAUUUUCAUUGUUUUGACCAUGAAAUACUUCCAAAAAUCAUCAAAAGGGUUUGAAUGCAAAACUUUUCACAAAUCCCUAAUCUAUACUUUAAGUUACCAGGUAAACAUAUGAAACGAAAGAGAUUGACUUCUUGGAAGACCUAGAAAAGGGAAGAGACCCUCCAAGCCUUAAAAUAUUACCCAAUGUGCAAGUUGUUGGAUUUUAACAGGGAUAUGCAUAUAGAAAUAGACAUAUGUAUUUAUCCUCUCAGCGCAUAAAGAGUAAAGGAGGAGAGAAGCAAAUAAAAAUAUCAAGAAAAAAGUCCACUUCUGAGAAAUACCUCUCUCCACACAGUGAAGCAGCAGCAUGUAAAGAAGCAAGAAGUGACUGAAAAAUAAACUCAAGUACCACCUAAGUAGCCUUAGGGAAGUCAUUAUCUCUCAGACUCAGAUCCCUGUAACAUGCAAAUAAUACUAUUCAUCUAUUUUACAGGGCUAGUAAAAGAAUUAUAAAAAUAAUACUAAGCUAUUUAAAUACUACAAAGCUAUCAUAGUAAAAUCAGGUAGUUUUAAGGGCAAGGAAAUAAUUUUGCAUUCACUUAGGAAUAGUGCCUUUGGAAACCUCCAAUUCUUUUAAUGCUCCCAAAUUCUUCCUGGGAAACAAAAUUAUUUAGAUAUUCCCAUCUAAAAGCCAAAAUUCUAGAUACUGAUCCUUAAAGCUGAAGGUGGGAGUGCCUGGACCAGGAGGACUGAAACAGCUAACACAAGAAGGAAUGAUUACAGAAAAAUUAUUAAAUGUCCAUGCAGGGAUUGAUGCUCAAAUAGAAGUAUGAAGAAGCCCACUGAGAUCAAGUAUAGAAAGAAAUAUAAAAGGGAGGGCCUAGCAAAGAAACAGGAAGCUGAAGUUAGCAAAAACAUUCCUACAGAACUAGUGCGGAAAUUGUAGCUUAGAGCUGCUCAGGAUACAGAAACAUAAUAUCCAAUGGAUCUGUUCUGCAGCAACUAUCUAAAAAUUGCUUCGGAGGGCUUGUUCCUAUCUAACGCAAGCCCUAAAUCAGAUCUGCCAUCCAAGGUGCACUGAAAGAGGUGGCUGAUCACGGUUCUCUGGAAUCAGAGCUCUGGAGGAGAGUCGUGCCCUCUUUUUAUAUUCUGACAUUAAGUGGGCACUCAAGCACCAGGCAGUCCUCCAGAGUCCUCCUCUGUAGCAACCCUGAAGGCGGCUCUGCACGGGAGAGCCAGCAGCCAAAAUCUAAGGCCCAAGAAGAACUGGGCAGAAGGGCAAUAAUUGUCCCAACAACAACAAAUCAGCAGGCUCUAGAAAAUCCAGCAUCCUAUUUGCAUCUGCUGUUCAGGAGUCUGUUUGGCCUCUGAGUUCAGAGUUUUCCAGAAUUCACAGUUGGCAGAGUCAAAGAGGGUUCAGAAAUGCAGGCUGCUACUGUGACAGAACAUUUCAUUGCAUCGGGUGCCCAGCUUGUUGCUGAUGUUUUGACUAAUCUCCUCUCCAGCAGCUGGGAAAUGGGGGACAGCUUUUCUCCAGAGGGAACCCAGGAUGAGGGAAGCAGUUCAUCUUCUGAGGAUACUCAGUGGACACCAUUGCAUUGGUCAAGACCCAGCAUGAAGUCAGAGAUAAGACGCCUACGGACAUUUCAGCUCUGGCCAGCAAGUGUUCCUGUUUCUCCAGCUGAUCUGGCAGCUGCUGGUUUUUAUUUUGUUGGUCCUGCUGACACUGUCCAGUGUUUCUGCUGUGGUGGAUUGUUAUACAAUUGGUUACCUGAAGAGGAUCCCAUGGUAGAGCACAAGAAAUUCUUCCCAGCGUGCCUGUUUGCCCAGGGCAAAAUUGUAGGAAACUGCCAACAGAUGCCUUGGGCUGAAGAGCCCCAGGACUGUGUAGAUGGCCAGUUUCUUGGCAUGUUACAAAGUUUAAAUGUGGAGGAGACCACUGUAGGUGGUCAACCAGAAUACCCAUAUAUGGAGACAGAAGGGGAUCGGUUGGUGACAUUUGAGAAUUGGCCAUCUUAUGUUCCUGUGUCUCCUGAGUUGUUGGCCAGAGCUGGCUUCUUCUAUACAGGCCAGCAAGAUUAUGUGCGGUGUUUCUACUGUGAUGGUGCACUGAGGAACUGGGAACAAGGAGAUGAUCCCUGGACAGAGCAUGCCAGGUGGUUUCCAAGAUGUGCAUUUCUGCUACAAUCCAGAGGGAGAGAUUUCAUAAAUCACAUCCAAGAAUCUAAUCUAAUGGUGUCGGAAGACAACUUGCAUUGGUCUGAAGACUAUCCUGAAAGCCCUCAUGAGUCUUGUGAAAGAGAACCAGAACCAGAUCCUUGGAGGGUGAGAAGACAAACAGAAGUAGAAUGUGCACAUGAGCCAGCAUCUGCCACGAGCGUGGAAGAGAAACUGCGUCGGCUUCAGGAGGAACGGAUGUGCAAGGUGUGCAUGGACAAAGAUGUGUCCAUUGUGCUGGUACCUUGUGGCCACUUAGUGGUAUGUGCUGAAUGUGCUCCUAAUCUGAGCCGCUGCCCCAUCUGCAGAGGAACCAUUCGGGACAGUAUGAAGGCGUUCUUGUCCUGAUUUGAAAGAAUGUUCAGCCGCUGAUCCUUCCUCUCGAUGAACUCUUUUGGCCCAGGAAGACUCUGCCUGAGGAGGGAACAGGAACCAAACAAGGAC